CGACAGACGACGAUAAGCCAACGAGGAUAGGAUAGUUCAAAACAAUCCAAACCGACUAGCCAUUCUUGCCUCGAUUCAAAAUUAAGUAUACAUCGUUAUACUAUAGUUUAAUCAACGUAAUUGAAUAUACUACGACGACCAUUCCAAUUGGACAAUCUGCCGAACAGAGUUCAUGAGCUGAUAAGAAAGGUACACAGACUUGGUUGGUGCUUAGUGCUUGUAGAAUUUAAAGAGAGAUAGUUAGAACAAUAUUCGUUCCAUAAUGACCGCCGAUUUGGAGCUAAUCAAGAAACAUAUUGGUGAAUAUCCAGAUUUCCCGACGAAGGGAAUUCUGUUCAAGGAUAUUUUCACCGCCUUGCGAAACGGUCCGGUCUGCCAAGCGUUAAAGCGGUUAAUAAUCGCUCACAUUCGUAAUACCUGUCCGCAUAUUGAGGUCGUAGUUGGCCUUGAAGCGAGGGGUUUUCUAUUCAGCCUACUGAUUGCCGCUGAGUUGGGAAUCGCAUGUGUUCCAAUUCGUAAAAAGGGAAAACUACCUGGCGAAUGUGUCAAGUAUGAGUACAAACUGGAGUACGGCACGGACGUAUUCGAGAUUCAACAGGGUAGCAUCACGCCCGGACAGAAGGUACUGAUCAUUGAUGACUUGCUGGCCACGGGUGGAACGAUGGAUGCUGCUAACAAGUUGGUACAUCAGAUUGGCGGUGUUGUUGAGCAGAAUUUGGUUAUAAUCGAGCUGACCUCGCUGGGUGGUCGGAAGAAGCUGGAAGCAUCCGGUUUCAAUAUACAUUCCUUUAUUGAAUACGAUGAUGUUGAGUGAUUUUGGGGAAAUUUGAAAAUCUUUAAAGACAUAAUAUAUACGUGCUAUAAAAUAUGCACUAGAAGCAAUGCUAUGAGAAUUUACCUUCAAUUUUACAAUCGAUAUUUAAUGUUAACUUGUUUUUAGUUCGUUAUUCACUUGAGGCGGCAUAAAAUCUUCCGCAGGCAAUACAGUUAAGCUUCUUUUCCUAAAUGAGUCCACUAAUAACACUAUAGUUCUAGGUCUUUUUGAUCAACUGUACAAUUAACGUCUGGCUGAAAAUCUCCUUAAUAAAGACAACC